AUGAACAUCAUUGAGUUGCUGGACAGGCUCCUUUUCAUCAUGAACAGCUCGCCGGUACAGCUGCUCCUCCUCACUCUUCUCUCCCUGCAACUCCUCUCCUUAGCUUCUCGACUCCUUCACAAGCCCUUAUCUCAGCGUUUCAACGCCGCUCGAUCCGUGCUGCUCCUUGUCUCGAUCCUCAUCUUACUCUCAGCGAUCUUCGCCUUUCCGAAUGCUGAGCCCUCCAAGGACGUUGCUUUCUCCUCCGAGUUGGAGAAAUUGAAGCUCAAGAUCGAUCAUUUGGAGUCCAUUUUGCAAGAGAAUGCUAGAAUCUUGAAUUCUAAAGCUCAUCAUCUUGAUGAAGAAAAGAAGAUGGCUGAGGCAUUGGAGCUCAGGAUCAAUUCUCUAGAAAGAUCCUUAGAUAGCCUUAAGAGAUCAGGCUCUUCAGGCUCAUCGUAUAGUGAAAUAAGGAUCAGCUCUUUGGAGGAAGAGGUUCAACUACUAUGGGCAGAAUCAAGGGGGAACAAUUUUGAUAUUCAUAUGUUAGAAUCUAAAGUGGUAGAUGCAGUGAAAAAUUUAGAAGCUGUUGCUUCUGCAGUAGAUAAGCUGGAUAACAUAGUCACAGAACAGUGGAUUCAGAUACAACAACUUGAGCAAGCACUCCAAAUGGCAAAGAUAAAGGUGGCAAAAGUUCACAAAAGAAGUUCAUCAAAGUUUCAGAGCAAAGGAAAAAAUAUCAAGGGCAAAAUAUCAGAGGGAAUAUUUAAUCCUUUCCAAGAAGUAGUUUGCUUGCCUGAUUCCUUUUCACUAGGGAAUCCUGUCUCAAGCUCACUUAUGUCUCAACUUCUAGAUCUUCACUACGAGAGGUAGGGAAAGGACUCUCAGAUAGAAAAGAUUGGCCGUGCUUGCCCCAUGCUUUUGGCAGAGUUCAGAUUACAUAUGUUUCACAAAGAGUUCCAGAAAACCAAUCCUUUUGUUUGCAUAUGUUUAUAGAAUUUGUUGGAAAAAUGUACACUAAUUUUUUUUAAUUAAUACCAUUUUUAUUUGCAACA